AUAUUAUCCAAUAUGCCUCUGUCAGAUCUAGACCAAGAUAUCACACCUAUCCCCCGUUCGCGGGAGGAGAACCAAGAGAGAGCCUUUAUUGCUGCAUCCCGGCGAAAGGAUCGCAGCUUAGAUGCUCGCCUGGAAUCAGCGAACCGGGCUUCUAUGUUGCAUAAGAAGCGUACGGGCAAGGCUUUCCACAUCACCAAGGAGAUUGUUGAUAAAGAAGCCAUGUAUGAAGAGGUCGAUGAGCGGUACCAAGAAAAGCGCAUUCUUAUGCUGCAACAUCAGAACAACGAAAUCGAAAAGCAAUUCACAAACCAUCUACUGGCCGCCUUUGCAGCUCGCACGCAAUUCAAUGCAUCUUCCAUCCACAGCCGGCGAGCCAGCCACAUGACCCCGCGCCCAGCAGCCAAUCGUGGUCCCCGCAAGAUGAGCUUGGACUUGUCCAAUAUCCGCUCUUCCUUCUCCCAGGGUCAAGGCUCAAUGGCAAGCCCAAUGCCAACAAGUGAUAGCUACGUACUAUCGCCCACGGCAUCAUACGACCAAAGCACCCAGCCCUACGUGGGCUGCAUGGACGGUUCCGAGACGCCGUACUCCAGCAUGUUCUCAGCCUCAGGAGACUCGUCAGGACAAGUCCCAGCCUACAUGAACCAACAAGUCUCAACCCCAGCCUGGAACUCCCAAGUACCCGCAUGGGCCCCGAUGCAGCAGCAAAACCCAACCCCUGGGCAAACCCCCACAGACACGCAUGCCGUGCAAAUGUGGCAGCAACAAAUGAUGCAGCAGGCCCAGAUGAACGACACCGCAGUCCAAAUGCAUCAGUUCAGAGAUCGCCUUGCGUCCGCACCGGAGUUGCCUAUGCAGCACCAGGCUCCACCGCUUCCCUCAGCAUCCAUGUCGGGCCCCACCGGCCACGGCCCUACCCAUGGUCACUCGCGCGGCCAAUCCCAGCCCUCGAAUAACUUCCACGACCUCCAUCUCCUUACGCAGAGCACGCACCUCUCCCACUCCCAGCUUGCCCCCUCUAGUAUGGGCUCUCCUAAGAUUGAGGCCCUGUCGGCGGGCACUCACUCUACUCCGGACUUCUGCCCCACUCCCAACACCCCGAUGUCGCCGACAACUGCCACCGUGCAUACUACCAUAUCGCCGGUUGGGAAGGUCGGGGGUGAUGGCAUUAUGGUCUCGCAUGAGGGGAUGGAUCCUGAUUUCACGGAUUUCAGCCAGUUCGCUUCCCACUUGGGUAACUCGACUGUUCCACUAUCCGAUCGUGAUCAACCUUUUGGCUUUGAUGAUUUUAUCGCUAUUGAUGAUUUCACCAGCGUCUCUUGUUAG